AUGGAUAUGGUAGAUUUACAACACCACAUCUGUCUCUUAACGCUCGGCGGCAGCCUAGGUCUUGCGCCUCCUUGUCAACCGGGCGCCGAAGUCGGCAGGGUGCUUGACAUUGGCACGGGAACUGGCAUCUGGGCUAUGCAGUUCGGGGAUGACCACCCUGAGGCCGAUAUCCUUGGCGUUGACUUGUCGGCGAUACAACCGGAAUUCUCUGUGGUUAGCACGGCCCCGAAUGUCAAAUUCGAGAUUGAUGAUCUCGAGGAGGAAUGGACUUAUAGCCAGCCUUUCGAUUAUAUCCACAGUCGCUUCAUGACGUCAAGCAUCGCGAACUGGAAAGAUCUCCUUACCAAGGCCUUCAAGUAUGUCAUCAUCUUUGCCGCCUACCUUCUUUCGCAUGUACCCCUUGACGCAGAACCUGUUAUCGGGCGAGUGGAACAGCUCUCAAAUGGCACAGUCACUUACAAUACAACGCGUUACAGCAACCUCAAGCCAGGUGGAUACAUAGAGCUGCAGGAACCCGACUUAUUCGCCCAGUCCGAUGAUGGUUCGCUGCCGUCAGACUGCGCCCUGAAUAGAUACUGCAAGCUCCUCAGCGAGGCCAUGGUUAAGCUCGGACGCGAGUACGUCUCCGUUCCCGCGCUCAAGACGCUCAUGGAGGAGAUCGGGUUUGUGGACGUUACCCUUAGCUGCUACAAGUGGCCCAUGAACACCUGGCCCAAGGACGCCAAGUUCAAGGAGCUCGGGGCAUGGAACUACGAGAACAUUUCCCAGGCAGCCGAAGCUCUUGCCAUGGCCCCGCUGACGCGUGCCUUCAACUGGAGCCGCGACGAGGUCAAUGUGUUUCUUAUUGAUGUUCGGAAGGACCUGAAGAACCGCAAUUACCAUGCGUAUUUCCCUGUGUAA